CCACACGGCCACACCCCAUCUCAACUCAAAACAAAGUUUAAAGAAAAAAAAAAACAAACAGAAACACUCUUCUCUCUCUCCUCCGUUAACUUUCAUUCAAAAAUCAAAACCCUGCCCCUCUCUUUAAACCCCCGCUCUCUCCCUCUCCUCGCCGGGGAUCCCAAAUGACGGCGGUAGCGGUGGCGCCGCCUAUAGUCGGCAAAGAACUCUCCAACCCUCCCACCGACGGAAUAACAAACCUCCGAUUCUCCAAUCACAGUGAUCACCUCCUCGUUUCUUCUUGGGACAAGACUGUUCGAUUAUAUGAUGCGAGCGCAAAUGUGCUUUUAGGGGAGUUUAAACAUGGUGGCCCCGUCCUCGAUUGUUGCUUCCAUGACGAAUCCUCCGGUUUCAGCGCCAGCGGUGACGCCACUGUUCGGCGGCUGGUUUUUAACUAUGGAAAAGAGGAUGUGUUGGGAAAGCAUGAAGCACAUGUACGUUGUGUGGAGUACUCUUAUACAACAGGGCAAUUAAUAUCUGGUAGUUGGGAUAAAACAAUCAAGUGUUGGGAUCCCAGAGGUGCAAGUGGGCAGGAGCGUACACUAGUUGGAACUUAUGCUCAACCAGAACGUGUUUAUUCCAUGUCUCUUGUUGGUCACAGAUUAGUAGUAGCAACUGCAGGCAGACAUGUGAAUGUCUAUGAUUUGCGAAAUAUGUCUCAACCGGAACAGCGGAGGGAGUCUUCAUUGAAAUAUCAGACUAGAUGUGUGCGGUGUUACCCCAAUGGAACAGGUUAUGCUCUCAGCUCAGUAGAAGGUCGUGUUGCAAUGGAAUUUUUUGAUCUUUCUGAAGCUGGUCAAUCAAAGAAAUAUGCUUUCAAAUGUCAUCGGAAGUCAGAGGCUGGAAGAGAUAUUGUAUACCCUGUAAAUGCUAUUUCCUUCCAUCCGAUAUAUGGGACAUUUGCAACUGGAGGUUGUGAUGGAAUUGUGAAUGUGUGGGAUGGGAACAACAAGAAGAGACUUUAUCAGUAUGCAAAGUAUCCUACAAGCAUCUCAGCAUUGUCAUUCAAUAGAGAUGGCCGACUCCUGGCUGUUGCAGCAAGUUACACUUAUGAGGAGGGGAAUAAACCUCAUGAGCCUGAUUCAAUAUUUGUCCGAAGUGUCAAUGAAGUUGAAGUCAAACCAAAGCCUAAAGUAUAUGCUAAUCCUCCUGCCUGAAGGAGUCUAAUGGCUUUACUUAGCCUCUUUUAGUGAUUUAAUCUUCUAGGUAUAGCUUUACACUGCUUUGCUUCUUGGUACCCAAAGAAGCGUAUGAUGUAAAAGUAAUUCCAGAUGCUCGAUUCUUUUUUUAGAACUGCCUUGCAUGUCUAUGAUUCUACAAUUGUGUCUCUUAUUUCUAUCAUAUUAUGCGUUAAUGCA